AUGGGCUGCAUUAUUUCCUGUGGCUUGAAGCUCAUUCUUCAAAUAUUUAAUAUCGUCCUUUGUGUGGCCUUUUUGGCCGUAGCUUUGUUUGGAAUACUGCUAAAAUACUCUAAAUCUGUUGUUCAACACCUACUGUCAAAAGUUUUUGAUCAAUUCAAUAUCGGUGAAGAAGAUUUGCGCCAAUUGACAAGAUUCAUUAUUGACGACGCCGAUUACAUCGCUAUAAUCCUCGUUGUAAUCGGAUUGGCGCUGGCAGCUCUCUGUCUUAUCGGGUGCAUUGCUUCGUGUUGCGGGUGUAAUAUGCUGCUGAAGAUUUAUGCCACCCUCCUGAUUAUUCUACUUGUCGCACAAAUCAUCGCUGUUUCCAUGGUCUUCUCCGAUCCAACCCUACUGACUUCUCUGAUUGUUAGCUCUCUGGAAGAGCUUCUCAAGUCAUUCGGUGAUGUAUGCUAUGGAAGAAAAAUGCCAUCUACCAUCUGGAAUGUAGUCAUGACGGUAAAUCCGAAAUGCUGCGGUAUGGAUGGCUGGGGCGAUUUUGAAAAACUGAACAAAUCUAUACCAGCUCAAUGCUGCAAUAUGACGUCUGAUGCUUGCAAUACUAAGGCAGCCCAAAACACCAGUAUGCCGGGAUGCAGAGACAAAAUUGUCAAAUUUACCACAGACAACAUGAUGACAUUUUUGUAUAUGUCCAUUGUUGCCAUUCUGUUGAAGGCUGCACUCAUCGUAGUUGUGAUGCUCGCAAUUUGUUUGUAA